AUGAGGGUGCUACAAGUUAACCUCAAUGACUGUGCAGCGGCGCAUGACCUUCUUGGUCAGACGGCGCGCGAACUAAGGAUUGACUUGGCCUCUAUCUCGGAACCCUAUUACCAUUUUGGGAGCAGGGGGUGGACCGAGGACUCAAGUCAGGGUGCGGCAGUCUGGAUCUGCGGGAAUGACACGGUUGAGGCCACUAACAACGGCGAGGAGUGCGGGUUCGUGCGGGUCAGAGUAGCGGGACGCAGAAUCUACAGCUGCUAUGCCCCGCCGAGCCUGUCGAUCGAGGACUUCACCGCUUUCUUUGAUCGACUUACGGCGGAUGCGCAUCACCACUUCCCUGUUGCGAUUUCUGGCGACUUCAAUGCCUGGGCGACCGAGUGGGGCAGCAGAGCGACGAACAGCAGAGGGCAAGCCGUCCUGGAGGCGAUGGCGUCCCUGGACCUCGUGCUCCUCAAUAGAGGAGACGCGCCAACGUACGCGAGAGGUGAGUCCACCUCUAUCGUGGAUCUCACCUUCGUGAGCGACCACCUGGCAAGGGAAGGUCACUCAUGGGAGGUGAGUGAAGUUUUCACCGCGAGCGACCAUCGGGCUCUGCUUUGGGAGGUCCGAACAACACGGAGACCGGUACCUGCUGCGGCAAGAACCAACGCAGCCGGCUGGAGAGCGAGCUCGUUCGACCCCGCUGUCUUCUCGGUAGCACUGGGUCAGAGCGCACCUAUGGAUGGACUCAGCACCAAGGAGAAGGUGGCCGAAACCAUGAGGAGGGUGGCUAGGGCCUGCGAUGCAUCAAUGCUGAGGAAAAGAACUGUAACUCGGAAGCCACCGGUUCACUGGUGGAGCGAGUACAUUGCAGCCAUACGUAGAGACUGUAUAGCGGUACGACGAGCGGUACAGCGAGCGCGCAGAAGGUCGGGUGACAGUACGCUGGAGAAUGCCUAUAGGCAGGCGCGUGGCAGGCUCACCAAGGCGAUCAAGAGGAGCAAGAUCCGCGCCUGGAAUGAACUCCUUGCUCAGGUGGAAGAUGACCCGUGGGGCAGGCCGUAUACGGUGGUCAUGGCGCGGCUGAAAUAUCAACCCAUACAAUCGUUGACGUGCCCUGUCCUUUUGGGAGAAAUAGUGGAGGCGCUCUUCCCAAAGCAAGCCGUGCUUGAGCGGACCAACUAUACAGGAGAGUUGCCAGGAGUGCCCCCCGUAACUAGGGGUGAGCUAAUAGACGUGUGUGGCAGAGUGGGUAACGCAAAGUCCCCUGGACUGGAUGGCAUCCCAAACAUCGCCCUGAAGGCAGCGGUUCAGGCCUAA